CCAGGGAGGCUCCAGUCUGCUGCUUCAGUGCCUGUCUCCAGAGACUACCAAGGACCCUAGACAGAGGGCGGGAGCCAGUCAGAGACCUAGACCGUGACCUCUCUUCUUCUGUCUUCAUGUCUGUCCUACACUCCUGCCCUGUGUUCACCUAGAGUGGACUACGGCAGGGAAGGGACAAGGGUGCCUCUCUGUCUUCAGGAGCAUCUUUUAAACUUUAAUAUACAUUAUAUAUCUAUGUAUUUAUUGGUCCGUGUGUGCCUGUGUGCCGCUGCUGUGUACGAGUGGCGAUCAGAGAGCUUCGCUGGCAAGCACCUUCACCAACUGAGCCACCUUGCAGGCCUCCUUUGAAGAUUUUAAUUAGCAUAUAUGAAUUAUACACACCGUGUUUCACCGAGACAUUUUCACAUAUAAAUGCGUACAUAUAUGCAUGUAUGCAUUCUGUGUCUGGAUUGUAUCCACGCCCUCUUGCUCUCCGCCAUCCUGUUCUUUCUCAAUGCAUCCUCCCUCUGCUUGCGUGUUCCUGUGGGUUUCUUUCUUGUGAUUCAGUGCGUUUCCUUUGUGUUGCUCAGAGGAUCAUGGGUAAGGGCUGACUGGAAGGAGCAUGGUUUUCACCACGGAGGAAAAGGGCUCUGCUGCCCCCAGAAACCUUUAGCUAGCCUAUAGAUUCCAAGGACAGGGCGGAGCCUUGUCUCCCCUUCCCCUCAAGAUCAUCCUUCAGGCUCACCCUCUCUCACCGUCCCCUCUCUCUCCCAUCCUCUUUCCCUUCCUUCCCCUCCCCCUUCUCCAUCCUUUCUCUCUUCCCCUCUCUCUGAAAUUGUGUUUCACCAUGGAGUGGAGGCUGCCCUCAAGCUCAGUAUCUUCCUGCCUUAACCUUCCCCAACAUUGGGAUGACAGGCCUGAGUCUGUUCUAACUCUUCCCUUUCUGUCCCCCAUCUAUUCCUCUUCCUCCUCCCCCUCCCCUUCCUCUCCCUCCUCCUUCUCAUCUUCUUUGUGUGUGUGUGAUUUAUUUUGUUUUUCUUUUUUUUUUUUAAGUUUUAUUUACUUAAUUUAUGAGUACACGGUUGUUGUCUUCAGAAUGUCUCCAAAGAGGGCAUCAGAUCCCAUUACAGAUGGUUGUGAGCCACCAUGUGGUUGUUGGGAAUUGAACUCAGGACCUCUGGAAGAGCAGCCAGUGCUCUUAACUGCUGAGCCAUCUCUCCAGCUCCCUUAUUUUGUUUUUCGAAACAGAGUUUCUGUGUAGUUCUGGCUGUUCUGGAAUUCUCUCUGAAGACCAGGCUGGCCUCGAACUCACAGAGAUCCAUCUGCCUCUGCCUCUGCCUCUUUAGUGCUGGGAUCAAAGGCACUACCAUCGCCUGACCUCUCUCUGCUUCUUAUCUUUCUGGGUCUCAAGUUCUUUUCCUACCCUCUUACCACCCCAGUCCCAUCCCCUUCCUCCCUCUCCAGUCCAGUGACCUUCAUGCCCUCUUGAAGCCCGGCAGGAUCCAGCCCCAGCUGUCCACGAGGUGCUCUUCAAUUUCAGACCCUCUUCAAGCUCCACUUCAGGGACAGAUACUUUCCCAGGAUCCACAGGACGCCAGGAAUGUGGAGCAGAGAGCAGAGAGGUCCCCAGGGGCCAGGCGAGCUCUCUGGCAGGCGAGGCAGGGCAGCUGUGUCAGUGGAGAUUGCGAACAGGACUCCGUGCAGGUGAGCACUGACUUGGACUGAAGCCCAAGAGUUGGUUCUGCCUUGGGACCCUCCAGCCCAACUGCCUCCGAGUGGCCAGAGUUUCCAUCACCUUUCAAGGAUGCCCCUGCGGUUGCUGCUUCUGCUGCUGUGGUUGUGGGGACUCCAGUGGGCGGAGACAGACUCUGAGGGGCAGACCACCACGGGGGAGCUGUACCAGCGCUGGGAGCACUACGGCCAGGAGUGCCAAAAGAUGUUGGAGACCACAGAACCUCCCUCAGGCCUGGCCUGUAACGGUUCCUUCGAUAUGUAUGCCUGCUGGAACUACACGGCCGCCAACACCACUGCUCGGGUGUCUUGCCCCUGGUAUCUGCCCUGGUUCCGUCAGGUGUCUGCAGGCUUUGUCUUCCGCCAGUGUGGCAGUGAUGGCCAGUGGGGAUCUUGGAGAGACCACACUCAGUGUGAGAAUCCAGAGAAGAAUGGGGCUUUUCAGGACCAGACGCUGAUCCUGGAGCGCCUGCAGAUCAUGUAUACCGUGGGCUACUCCCUGUCCCUGACGACUCUGCUGCUAGCCCUACUCAUCUUAAGUUUGUUCAGGCGGCUGCACUGCACUCGUAAUUACAUUCACAUGAACCUGUUCACGUCUUUCAUGCUGCGGGCAGCAGCCAUCCUCACCCGAGAUCAGCUGCUGCCUCCACUGGGUCCCUACACUGGAGACCAGGCCCCUACCCCGUGGAACCAGGCCCUAGCUGCCUGCCGCACGGCCCAGAUCAUGACCCAAUAUUGUGUGGGAGCCAAUUACACCUGGCUACUGGUGGAGGGUGUUUAUCUGCACCAUCUGCUGGUGAUCGUGGGACGCUCAGAAAAGGGCCACUUCCGCUGCUACCUGCUUCUUGGCUGGGGGGCCCCCGCGCUUUUCGUCAUUCCCUGGGUGAUCGUCAGGUACCUGCGCGAGAACACACAGUGCUGGGAGCGCAACGAAGUCAAAGCCAUUUGGUGGAUCAUUCGCACUCCCAUCCUAAUAACCAUCUUGGUAGGGCCAGUCUCGCCUCCUCCAGGCUGUACUCAGGGAUUUCUCAUUCUGGGGAAGAGGAGCGCCAACCCCCUGUCCCACCCCAGAAACCGAAUGGCUUCUGGCUCAGUCUCUCUCUCCUCACAGAUCAAUUUCCUCAUCUUCAUCCGCAUCCUUGGCAUCCUUGUUUCAAAGCUGAGGACACGGCAGAUGCGCUGCCCCGACUACCGACUAAGGCUGGCUCGCUCCACGCUGACACUGGUGCCCCUGCUGGGUGUCCACGAGGUGGUGUUUGCGCCUGUGACGGAGGAACAGGUUGAAGGCUCCCUGCGCUUCGCCAAACUGGCCUUUGAAAUCUUCCUAAGUUCCUUCCAGGGUUUCCUGGUGAGCGUGCUCUACUGCUUCAUCAACAAAGAGGUGCAGUCGGAGAUCCGCCAGGGUUGGCGCCACCGCCGCCUGCGUCUCAGUCUUCAAGAGCAGCGUCCACGUCCGCACCAGGAACUCGCCCCCCGGGCUGUGCCUUUGAGCUCUGCGUGCCGAGAAGCUGCCGUUGGCAACGCCUUGCCCUCUGGGAUGCUGCAUGUGCCUGGGGAUGAGGUCUUGGAAAGUUACUGCUAGGUAAAGGGACCCCCGUGUCUGUACAGUUAGCAUGUAUUCAGAGCCUACUGUGUACCAGCCCCAAGUGGAGCAAUGCUGGGGAAAUGGAGGCGAAGGAACCGGAAAACAAGGUCCCCACGUGUAUAUAUUUGUGGAGGAAUCGUUUAUGAAAAGAAUUGAGGUGUCUAGGACAAUCAACUGGAAGGCAAUUGGGAUAGACAUGAUGCUUAGGUCAUGGGUCAUGUUUGAAAGAAGUGACUGGAGACCUCUUGAAGAGUUGGAGGACAAGAUUGCUGGCAGAUGGAACAGCAUUCAAAAAGGUCUUGGGAACAGGAAGAAUGGAGAAAGGCUUCCGUGGCUCCACUGGAAAAAGCGAGGGCCUCCAGAUGGGAAGAAGUGGGCAGGGGGUGCAGAAACUGGAAUUUCAUCCCAGGCUCACUGAAGAUUUGAUUAUUUUUACUUUACGUGUACGAUUGUUUUGUCUGUGUGUACGGAUGUACACCGCAGGCAUGCAGCCCCUGCAUAUGCUUGAAGGGCAGAAGACCCCUGGGACUGGAUGGUUGUCAGCCUCCAUGUAGGUUAACAGAACUCCAUCUCUCCAGCCCUCCACCCCCAAGAUUCUUAGCAGCAGUGUCUCCUGGGCUGUUUUCCAUGGUUCUCUGUUCGUUAUUAGGGGCAGUGAGUUGGGAGCCCAGUGAGAGGAAUGUAGGUGGCUGGACCAGAACGGAGGCCACAGAGAGGUGGGAAGGAUUUGUUGAGGGAUCCCAGGAUCAAAGGAGACUGCCAUGACCAAAGGAGAGAGGUUCAAAGGCUCUGGGGUGGGAGGCUCUUUGCCUGUGUUAGGCUGUGGGAGAAGCCGAGCAGCAGGACACAGAGCUAUAUGAGUGAGAGCUGGCAGCCAAGCAAGAGGGCCUGGGGUCAGUGAGGUAGACAGAUCCUUCCGCCUCCCAGACACACCCACCCCCACCCCACAGCCAUUCACACCACACCCCUCCUUUAUUAGUAGCGGCUGCUGGAUUUUUCCCCAAGGUUCCCAGAAAGAUGUGUCUCAUAGCUGACUCACACUCCACGAUUUAAGACUUUGGCUUCUGGUGGAGUGGAGACUGUAGUAAAUCAAGCUUCUUUACGGAGUGGGAGGAGGCCAGGCUAGAAAGGGAGAUGACUAGGGUGUGUGUGAGGUCGUCUGCUGUAGAUGAGUGAGGCUCAACUGGAGCAAUGUGUUGGCGCAAAAACCCCACGAACACCACACUGCUACUGUACCCUGCCCUGAGCUAAUCUCUAUUGAAAUCUAAGACAUAUGUACAAUUAAAGUCGUGCAUGUGAGCA